UUUGUUCAGCUGCUCGGUUACUGUGUUGAUGGGAACUCACGUAUACUCGCCUAUGAAUUUGCCAAAAAUGGAUCUCUUCAUGACAUUCUUCAUGGGAGGAAAGGUGUCAAGGGAGCGCAACCAGGUCCUGUCUUAUCAUGGCAUCAGCGAGUGAAAAUUGCUGUUGGAGCUGCAAGAGGACUAGAAUAUUUGCAUGAAAAGGCAGAGCCUCACAUCAUCCACCGGGACAUCAAAUCCAGCAACGUUCUAAUCUUUGAUGAUGAUGUCGCUAAGAUUGCUGACUUUGAUCUCUCCAAUCAAGCUCCCGAUAUGGCUGCUCGCCUUCAUUCAACCCGUGUUCUUGGAACUUUUGGGUACCAUGCCCCUGAAUAUGCAAUGACAGGACAGUUGAAUGCCAAGAGUGAUGUAUACAGCUUUGGGGUUGUGCUGCUCGAGCUUCUUACUGGUCGGAAACCUGUUGACCAUACGUUGCCUCGAGGCCAGCAAAGUUUGGUCACAUGGGCUACACCCAAACUCAGCGAAGACAAGGUCAAACAGUGUGUUGAUGCAAGACUUGGAGGAGAUUACCCUCCUAAAGCUGUUGCUAAGCUAGCGGCAGUUGCUGCAUUGUGUGUGCAAUAUGAGGCUGAUUUCCGGCCAAACAUGAGCAUAGUUGUCAAGGCACUGCAGCCAUUGUUGAAUGCUCGGCAAGGUCAUGCAGGGGAAGUAGCUCCUUAGCCAACCCCUCUCCGUUUGUGGAGGUUACAUCUCUAUAUAUACCUGAAAUUUAAUAUAUUUGUUUAUAAAAAUGUGAUUGCCCUGAUGAUUUAUAAUAUCUGUUUUCUUCUAAAAUGUGUCCCCUCCCCCUUCCCCCUCCUCCUAUAGUAUCUUUUGGUUUGUGUAAUGGGUUUGAACAUAUACCCAUAAAUAGAAAGGGUAAGAGAGGUCAAGUAGUAGACAGUGCUUUUGUCGGAAUACUUGCAUGUGAAUAAUUGGCAUUCUUCCUUCUUCUUUUAUAUCA